CUACAUACAAAACCAGAAACCACAGAUUACCCUUUCCCUCCUCCACCUCAACACCCCACCCCAAACAUCUCCCCAAAAACCAAAAAUGCCAUCCCAAACCCUCCAAAUCUCCAUAACCCACCUCGGCUCCCUAACAGUCGGCUACCGCCUCGCCGCCAAAAUCAACCCCUCCAAACCAACCCUCAUAUGCAUAAACUCAAUGUGCAUGACCUCCGCGCUAUUCGACGCGCAAUUCUCGGACGAGGCGCUCACCGCGGCGGUUAAUCUGCUCGCUAUCGAGCCGCUGGGCCAUGGGCAGACGAGCUUUCCCGAGAAGGUGGCGCAGUUCACGUAUUGGGAUAGCGCGAUUGUGGCGCUGGAGGUUAUGAGUUGUUUGGGGGUGGAGAGGGCGUUUGCGAUGGGGACGAGUCAGGGGGGGUGGAUGGUGGUUAGGAUGGGGGUUUUGGCGCCUGAGCGUAUCCUCGGCCUCCUCCCCCUCGGCACCUCCAUCGACGCCGAAACCACAGAGUCCCGGGAAAAGGGCUGCUGGAACCCUACGCCCCUCCUGCACCCUUUCGUCGAGCUUUGGAAAAGUUCCACCCCCACACCAGACUACAUCAUCGACGACACAUGGUGCAACAUGGUCGCCAGCUUCGGCUUCGGAUCCCACGCCACACCCGCCACAACAGCUUUCUGGACCGAAACCAUCAAAUCCGUGUAUUCCGGCGACGAAGGGCGGCGCAAAGCCCGCAUGGCGGUACUAUGCCUGCUGGAGCGCGAUAGCCUCUGCCUGCGAGUGGCGGACGUCACGUGUCCUGUGUACUGGCUACAAGGGUCCGAAGACGCGCCGUAUGGGGCGCAGGUGCAGCGCGAGCAGAUUGAGAUGUUUUCGCGGAGUAGGGACGCGAGGCUGAGUAUUGUGGAGGGCGGGGCGCAUUAUCUCAACGCGACGAAUCCGAGAGAGGUUAAUGGGGCGGUGUUGGAUAUGCUAAGGAAGUAUGCAUGAUCUGUCAGAGGGGGGGAGGGCGGUUGGGUAGGCGGGGAUUAAAAAUGGUUGUUGGGUGUUGAAAGGCUCUUAGGGAAUGAAGUGGGGGUUGGAAUGU